CGCUCAUCGCUAUUUGCAUGAACUACGUUGUACAGAGCAUUUGAGAGUUAAAACUGAAUCUCGCUUGAGAAGCGAAAGAAUAUACGGAGCGGGAGAGCGCGCGUGGAACCUCACCGAGAAGUGCACUCGUAUUAUCGCGCGCACUGAUAAGUUAAAGCGCGCCCUGAAAAUGGAGCUGCCCGCCGCGGGUGAGCACGUCUUCGCGGUGGAAAGCAUCGAAAAGAAACGCAUUAGAAAGGGAAGGUAUGAGUACUUGGUCAAGUGGAGAGGCUGGUCUCCAAAAUAUAACACGUGGGAGCCAGAGGAAAAUAUUCUGGACCCUAGACUUCUCGUCGCUUUCCAAAACAGGGAAAGACAAGAGCAACUUAUUGGUUAUCGUAAACGGGGGCCAAAACCAAAACAUCUUCUCUUGCAGGUACCAUCAUUUGCUCGAAGAUCCGGUGUUCUUUCCGACCUUCAGGAGGUAUCUCAGGGUGAUGAUUACCAACCCAAAGCAACUUCAGACCUGGUCCAAAGCCAGCAAUACCAGCUUAACAGCAAGAAGCAUCAUCCCUACCAGCCCAACUCAAAAGACAAGCAGGGAGAGGCUCGAAUAAAUGGAAAAAAGAAGCACUACUACCAGCUCAACAGCAAGAAACACCAUCACUAUCAGCCAAACCCUAAAAUGUAUGACUCUCUGUAUCAGAGGGUCAAGGAGACCAAAGUUCCUGAGUUGACUGACAAGGAAUGGAACUUAUCUCCAGCUCUAAAGCAGAAAUGGGUCAAAGAUAAGGAUUCUGGGUGCCUCAGUAAGGUGAGGAAUAUAACAAUGGGGUUGAAAAAGCUUCCUAAACUAAAUGGUGAAGCUGACUUAAUCAUGAACACAAACAGUGAUGCAAAGGAAGACAAAGCACCUCCUAAUGGAAUAAGCAGCAAACUGAAGAUUGUGAAGAACAAGAAUAAAAAUGGGCGCAUUGUCAUUGUCAUGAGCAAAUACAUGGAAAAAGGCACCCAUGCUGCUAAAAUUAAGGAAGGAACAGCAGAUUCUGAGGAAAAAAGGCAAGCACAGAAUUGUAAGCCCUGUGGAACAGAUGGGAGCACACAGAAAAUAAAGCACACAAAGAAGCAAAGUCUUGUGAAAGGGAUAAAAAAGGACAGUAAAGCUGAGACUGCCUGUUUUAGGCUUUCGAAUGGACUAUCAUCUUUUGGAGGGGACAAUCCUAAAAAAGCAUGCUCCAUAGUGUUUGAGCCAAACAAUUUAAAGAAGCCUGGUAACACUCGAGAUGAUUUAUCUCAUGAACAGCCCUUGCAACUGACAACCAAAACCAGUCUGACUACAGUGCCUUUUGAGAAGAGUGAUCAAAGAGGCAUCCAGUCUACUCAACAUGGUCCCAUAACCUUACCUCAAAAGCAUUGCUACACUGAGCCAGAAAGUGACAGUAGGGAGGCUAAGAGGUUCCUAAGUUCUCAGAGUAUAAGUCCUCCAAAUACUGACUUGUCUUACUCUUGCAAUGAUACCACACACUUCAAUGACCAUCAGCACUCUAGCAGACAUGACUUUGAAAUCCUGGACUCCAACCAAGAUGAACCGAUAGACCUCAGCUGUGUAAGGUCGAGAGAAGAGAGAAAAAUUCCUACACAUUCUCAGAUUGGAAACUCUAUACCGACUGUGAAAGAAGCAGUCUCUACGCCAGAGCAAGUAGAGAAAGAAAUGAAAAAAUCUGUUCAAAGCUUUACACCUUUUCUUGGGAAUAUAAUAAUCACAGAUGUCACAGCAAACUGCCUCACAGUGACAUUCAAGGAGUAUGUUACAGUUUAGGAAUAUGUGAUGGAUAUCAAGUCUGUAAAGACUACUGACUAUUUACUGUGAAAUUGUAAAAAUGUAAAGCAUGUCUAUUCAUCAAGUCCUUAAACUUGCCUGAAAUGUUUGAAACAAUCUAGUGUAAAGUUUUGAUAUAGUUUCAGAUUGCGUUUGAUUGAACUGAUCUGAAUUAAUUUUCAGAUUUACACAUUUAACUAUUCCAUGUUAGGGAUAGAAGAAAGAAACUAAACAGGCUUUCAUGUUAAUAGCUUGUAUCAAAUUAGCUUAAAGCUGUAUGCAGUGCUGUAUUUCAAAAGGCCUAAAUAUAAGAAGCACUUACUACAUGUGUAAUACUGAGAAACAUUUUCUACUGAUCUGUCUUUUAUAGACUUCGCUUUAAAAAUAAAAUGUGUUAUUUAGGGUUGUCUAAGCAUAUUAAAAGUUGUAUUUUAUGUUCUUGAGUAA